AGCACCUGAAAAAUGACACAGAAAUGAAUAUGAAUGUAGAGUGGAAAAAACUGAUUGAGGAGUUAAUGGAGACACAUAGAACAGCUCUCAAAGCUCUAUAUGAGAAGCAUCAAGAGGAAGUAAAAAGUAUGGGACUUAAUCCAAACACAGUGAUACCCGAGACCUACUUUAACAGAGAUGUUAAGGCUGCUAUUUCACAGCUGGCUAUGGAAAUACUCACAGGCAGCGUAUCAACAGCUUCUUUCUGACAAAUCCCAGGAAAUGUCUGCAACAGAAAGCAAAUUAUUUACAGAUAAUAAAGAUUCCCAAAAUUUA